CCGCCCGUGGCCCCGCCCGCCUCCGCCCCGCAGCGCCAAGAUGGCGGCGGCGUCCCGGCGCCGGUAGCGGCGGCUAUGGAGGGAGAGGGCGGCUCGCUGGGCCCCGGCGAGCGCUGGGCGCCGGUGGGCGCCGUGUCGGCGGAGGAGGACGAGGACGAGGAGGACGAAGAGGCGGCGGCCACGGGGGGAGAUUCGCCGGAGUCGGUGCCGCGGCUGCGGGCCGAGCGGCGCCGGCUGCACGGGGCGCUGCUGGCGCUCGCCUCGCACUUCGCUCAGGUGCAGUUCCGGCUGCGGCAGGUGGCCCGGGCCGGCCCGGCCGAGCAGCAGCGCCUGCUCCGCGACCUCGAGGACUUCGCCUUCCGCGGCUGCCCCGCGCCGCUGCCGCACGGUCUCGGCGCCGCUCCGGGUGAGCGAGAGAAGCAGGAGCAAAUUGAGGUCCAGAAGGAGAAACAGAGAGAGCUGAUCCUGCAGCUGAAGACACAGCUGGAUGACCUGGAGACCUUUGCUUACCAAGAGGGCAGCUAUGAUUCCCUGCCACAGUCUGUGGUUAUGGAAAGACAACGGAUGAUUAUAAAUGAGUUGAUAAAGAAGCUGGACAUGGACUUGAGUGAAGAUUUUGCAGCGCUCUCUCCUGAGGAACUGCGGCAGCGGGUGGAUGCUGCCAUAGCACAGAUUGUGAACCCAGCCAGGGUGAAGGAGCAGCUGGUGGAACAGCUGAAGACCCAGAUAAGGGACCUCGAAAUGUUCAUCAACUUCAUUCAGGAUGAAGUUGGAAGCUCUGGCAAGGCAGAAGAUGGCCAUUGUGACUGUGGAGGCUCCUACAAACCCAGCACCCGGCCUUCUGGGAACAGAGUGAACCCAGAAGAUGCCAGAAGGAUGCAAGAAACGGGCCUGCAGCUCAUGCGCCGCGUGCUGGCCGUGCUGCAGAUCUUUGCUGUCAGCCAGUUUGGCUGUGCCACGGGUCAGAUCCCUCGCACCCUCUGGCAGAAGGACCAAGACAACCAGGACUUCUCCCCCUUAAUAGAGAAGCUGGAGUUGUCGGUGGAGCGGGUGAGGCAGCUAGCCCUGAAACACCAGCAGGCAGAGCAUGUUAUCUGCUCCUCUGAGCUGCAGGACGUUCCCCUGGGAGGCAGAGACGAGCUGACUCUGGCUGUGCGCAGGGAGCUGGCGGUGGCCCUGCGGGACCUGCUGGCCCACGGGCUCUACGCCUCUUCCCCAGGCAUGAGCCUGGUGUUGGCCCCCAUCGCGUGCUUGAUUCCCGCCUUCACGCCCUCGCCGCAGACCAUGCACCCCUGGGAACUCUUUGUCAAGUAUUACAACGCUAAGAACGGCCGAGCCUUCGUGGAAUCGCCGGCUCGCAAGCUGUCCCAGUCCUUCGCCUUGCCCGUGACAGGAGCAGUGGUGGCCACCCCGAAGCAGAGCCUGCUGGCAGCCAUCCACACGGUGCUCACGGAGCACGGCCCCUUCAAGCGCAGCGCGGACUCGGAGCUGAAGGCGCUGGUGUGCAUGGCGCUGAACGAGCAGCGCCUGGUCUCGUGGCUCAACCUCAUCUGCAAGUCUGGAGCUCUGGUUCAGUCUCACUACCAGCCCUGGAGCUACAUGGCCAACACCGGCUUCGAAAGCGCGCUCACCCUCCUCAGCCGCCUGAGCAACUUGAAGUUCAACCUCCCGGUUGACCUGGCUGUUCGGCAGCUGAAAAACAUCAAAGAUGCGUUUUGAUGUGUUUUUAUUGUCAUUCAUCUAUUUUCCCACUAGUAGGCAGCUGUUGGGCUCAAGUAGCCUGGCUUUUGUAAGACCAAGUUUGUCUCUUUGAUAUUUGCUUUUAGGGAAAUCUUAGGGUCUCGUGAUGUUGGCAGCGUGUUGUCCGAUAAAGAGUGGCUGGAGGCCACAGGCUGGGCAGCAGCACCUCACCCUGCCCACUCUCUGCUGCUCUUGGGCCAAACUGCCCUGCCCAGUGGCCACUGACUGUUCAGGAGUGAGGGGCAAAGGCCUGGCCAGGGGGCCUGUGGGUGGGGGAAGGCCCGUGGGAUGUGCAGCUGAGCUCCUUUGUGGCUGUUUCUUGCAGUCUCUGCUCUGCACCUUGCACACACAUGAUCCCUCGUGUAGGAGAGAGCUGGCAGGUGUGGAGGCACCUUGGGAGCUGCCGGGGCACAUGGGAAUUGACCUCCCCCGGUAGGAGAAGAUGGGGGCUGAGCCAGAGGUGCCCGGGGGCUCCUGCAGCGGCUCUGCAGCCUGUGUCCCUUGGGCUGCCGGGGCGCAUUGUCCAACGGACCCAGCUCCUUGUUCCGGGCUUUUGUGGGGGGUCACCGCAGCCCGCUGUCCCGCGGGGUGUAUUAAAUACCGCUGUACCACCUGUGGGCCGAG